AUGUCUAAUAACCAAAGAGGAUUGCAUUUUUUGCUCGGAACGGAAUAUGAAAGAAAAAAACAAACGCUUCAAGAGGAGCUACAGAUGGAUUACAAACGUUACAUUAACCAGAAAAGAGGCCUAAAAGCUGAAGAUUAUGACAGAUCACAAGCCCAAGGUCUGUCUUUGCCCAUUACCGAGAGGACUUCACUGAAGGAAAAAUUGAGAGAAGAGAGAAGUCGAGAAUACAACCUUUUUCUUCAGGAACGAGCUAAAACUUCAAGGCGGGGACAGUUCUCUGUGGCCUCUAAACCUGAGGAACCCUCGAGUUUGGACAAAAUGCACAUACACCAAGUGCAUAUUCCUGGAGAAAGCUAUUGGCCUGCAGAGCCUUCACCUCCUCGCAAAGAUGUUGCCACGCUUACAGACAUUGUUCGAAGUAUGAAGGGCAGGAAAAGAUGGGACGUGAGCCAUCAGAGGCAAAGAGAUAUCCUUUUAAAACCAGAGGAUUACAGCAGCUCUGAGGAGAGCAAGGACAGUGGCGAGAAGAUUGAGUUCAGUCACAGGAGGAAACCAAAUGGACAGAUCCAGAAGUCCAAGUACAUAAAAAAGGACAAAGAUGGCAGAGCUAAAAGGGUUCCCGCUGAUGUGAAGUAUGAUGAGGACGUCUUUAUUGAUAAAAACAACAAUGACCAGAAUUCACCAGCUCUUCACAAAUACGACAAAGGGGUUCUGGCAAAAAGUAAUAUUCCAAUUACUACCACUAAAGUGUUUGCAACAGGACUGUUGAUUGGACGUUCAGAAGAACAAGAUACCUUGCAGAAAAAGAAAGAACAAUAUAAGCGAGAAUUACUCAUCCAAAUGGCUGAGCAACGUGAAAACAAACGAAUGGUUUCUUCAGUUCCUCCACCAUUUCCUCCCAGAGUAGAGCAAACCUACAGGACUCGACAUGAUGAGGUAAAAGACAAAGCAGAGCGAAGAAGCAGAGAAAGGGAGGAACGGCAGCUCUCCAAUGCCCAAAUGGUGUCGGAGAUGAUGUCCUAUAACCCCUGGGGCAGAGCGGGAGGAGGAGCGCCCCUUAGAGACCAAACUGGAAACCUUAUUACUGACCUGGACCAGAUGCACAAACUCAAUGAGGAGAGCUUUAGGAACAGCAACCUGAAAAAAAGCAGUGAGUCAACUCUUCAACACAAGCGUGUGCCUCCGCUCUCUAGACUGGAACAAUUAGGUGACAGGGAACGAGACAAUUUACAACGAAAAAUCAGUUACCAAGAGUCCUUAAAACAGCAGAUUGAGGAAAACAGACAAAAGCAGGCUGAGGAGAGAGAACGACAAAAAGUGAUGGAGGAGAAGGAGGAGAAAAGGCUGGCAAAGGAAAGGGCUCGAAUGCUGAAGGACUACGAGGAGGAGGAGCAGAGGAACAGGACCAAGAUGCAUAUAGAGGAAAAGAAUAAAAAGCAGAAAGAGGAGAGAAAACGGUGGGAGACGGCUGAAAGAGGGCUGUCAGAGUGCAAUCAGGAGAACAAGCAAAAGGACAAACUGAAUGAAGAGAGAAAAAUCCUGGGGAGUAGUGGACCCUCACCCACUAUUCCAACCGUUUAUGACUCCAACACGCAUGUCCGAAGUCCUGCCUCUGACAUGAACCAGCUUUCCUUCAAGAAUAUGGAGGACCUAGAGACAGCACCAGAGAAGCAUUCAGAACUGCCCCCUGAAUGGUCUCAGCCGCUGCCAGGCACCAAAGACAAGGCAGAGAGGAUUCUGCUGCACACAGAGAAAAUGUCCAGCUUACAACAGAAAGACUUCGAUCCUCUCAAGAAAACACUAAAAACCUCCAUGAGUUCCAUGGCCGUAGAUACAAAGAGGAUUCCAACUCACGAGUCUGUUGAGCCAUUGCCAGCUGCCAAAGUAGAACACGACAUUUACGAUUGUGAAGAAGACUUGUCUCGUCACUAUUUGGUGGAGUCCCAACAAAGAUCUGCACAUCGGCGAAGACGAGAUGAGAAGGCCGCUCCCGUCAAUCCAAUGGAGCACUUUGAUCCCGGCUCCCCGCCUCGUUCCUCAGACACGAUUGUGAAACAGAAGCUGAGCUGCAGAGGCCAGCUUCCAUCAGAGCUGCAGUGGGAGGAUGAAGAGGAUGAAGAGGACCUCUUAUCCAGGCGCUCCUCCCACUCAGCCCCAGAGACGCCGCUCUCUGUGGCCACGGAGCUGUGGCUGAGAACCACCUCAGAACCAGAGCCCAGGAGACCGGGCCGACGGCCACGGACGCUUCUCUGA